AUGCUUCCUCAAGGUUGUCUCUCCUCCGCCUCCCCCCCCGGAUUCCCCCGGAGCGUGGCGGUGAUCGGCGCAGGAGCGGCUGGUCUGGUCGCCGCGCGUGAGCUGAGGAGGGAGGGCCAUCGCGUGGUGGUCUUCGAGCGCCUCGGCCAGAUCGGGGGAACCUGGGUGUAUGAUCGGAAGACGGAAUCGGAUCCUCUGGGAUUGGAUUCCUCCCGGGAGAUCGUCCAUAGCAGUCUCUAUGAAUCCCUGCGCACGAAUCUCCCGAGGGAGGUCAUGGGAUUCCUGGACUACCCCUUUGUGGCCAGGAGCGGGGAGGGGAGGGACCCCCGUCGUUUCCCCGGCCACCGGGAGGUCCUUCGCUACCUAGAGGACUUCGCCAGGGACUUUGAUCUCUGCGGGAUGAUCCGAUUGGAGACGGAGGUGCUGCGGGUGGAGAGGAACCAUUUCGGGAGGUGGACUGUGAGGUUUCGCCAGGCGGCUCUCGGCAUAGGUGCUGGGUACUCAGAAGAGGUAUACGAUGGGGUUGUCGUCUGCAACGGGCACUACACCGAGCCACGGAUUGCAGUGAUUCCAGGUAUUUCCAUGAUUUCCAUGAUUCUUUCCGAUCAAACAUAACCAGCCUUCCUCUCCCCUUCCGAUCACACAGGGAAGGAAUUUUGUUGCCAUUGAUCGGCAGUAUAGUUUCCGAACAUUCAAUUCAGAUGCUAGGACCGAUUGAUCCUGAAUUAUCUUGCCAGGAGCUAGUUUAAAAAAAAAAACAAAAAAAAUAGCGUGGUUGAUGAGGUUAAUACAAGAAAGAGAGCAUGAUUAAUCAUAGAAAAUCUCAUCCCCUUUCUCCUAAGUACCCACCCGAAAGCACUGAAUUGUUUGUAAUGGAUUGCUGUGAUCAGAACUGUGAUACUGAUGAUUUCUCAAUCACGCAGAGUUCUGAUUUCAGUAAUGAGAACCUGGUGAUGAUUAGGAGGAAAGAUGCCCCGCCAUGUCUGUGUUGCCCUGGACCUUCUAGCUAGAGCAGUUUGCCAGUUCCACGCAAACUGAGAAGAAAGCGAGCAAAUAGCCCACUCGAGUUUUAUCAGGAUCACUGUUUCAUGCCUCCUUCAACCUCUCUGGCUGCUAUUCUUCCCUUGGAACUCAUGAUCUGGCUCCUGUUUUCGUUAAUCUUUUACAGGGAUUGACUCCUGGCCCGGGAAGCAAAUGCACAGUCAUAGUUAUCGUGUUCCUGAACCUUUUCUUGAUCAGGUAGGUUGUGAUUCUGUCACAAUCGUUCAGUUUCUUGCUGUCCUGCACGAUGAGCAACUGAGGCUCUGUCGCCUUCAUCUUGGCUUCCGUCUGCAAUGGCAGGUCGUCGUCGUGAUCGGGAGCUCGGCCAGCGCCGUUGACAUCUCGAGGGACGUCUUGGAGUUCGCUAAGGAGGUCCACGUGGCUUCGAGAACGCAGGUCGGGGGAGCCCCCGUGAGACAGCCCGGAUAUGACAACUUCUGGGUUCACUCCAUGGUAAUCACUCCUCUGUGGUGAGCGCAAGUAGGCUUUUCUGAUGGAUUCUCGGGACGUUGGGCGCGAUAUCUUCUCCAGUUUCUGCGUGGACCAUGCAGAUAGCUCGGGCUGAGGAGGACGGCACCGUGAUCUUCCAGGAUGGAAGCUCCGUGCGGGCGGAUGUCAUCCUGCACUGCACCGGGUAAGGCCUCUGGUAGCACCAUAGCCGUGUUCUUGACCAGUUCUUCUCCCACCAACAACGAGGAACUGUGGCAUCAAGCGAAACCUGAUCUACUGGUUCUUCCUCGCUUCUGUGGAGAAAUUUGGACCAAUUUGAGAAACAAAGCCUAAAAAUUCUUUGAUCAUCCCCUGAAAGGGAUUAAUUUGUUUCCAUCGUUUCCAGUUACAAGUACCAUUUUCCUUUCCUCGAGACAGAGGAGCUUGUGACCGUUGAGGACAACCGCGUCGGCCCUCUGUAUAAGCACGUCUUCCUCCCAUCGCUCGCGCCAUGGCUUUCCUUCGUCGGGCUACCUUGGAAGGUCUCCUCCCCCUCAUAGCUCUCCUCCCUCUGUGAUCAUUUUUGUCUUUUCAUGGGAGACUAAGAAGGGCGGUUUGUGGAUCUUAGGUCGUCCCCUUCCCCCUGUGCGAGCUCCAGAGCAAGUGGGUAGCAGCUGCCCUCUCUGGUCGGGUCAACCUUCCCGACGAGGAUGAAAUGAUGGAGGAUAUAAAAGCUUCUUACGAAGAAAUCGAAGCUGCCGGUUGGCCCAAGCGUUACACCCACAAUCUGAGCGAUUGCCAGGUACCAACCGCGUUGACUGUUUCUGUGAUGUAAUGAGAGCAUCAUAGGUGCUUGACCUUUUUGAAAAAAAUAAAAUUGCAGUUUCAGUACGACGACUGGCUGGCGGCGCAGUGUGGUCUUCCUCCCGUUGAAGAAUGGAGGAAGCAGAUGUACGAGGCCGUUUGGAAGAAUAAAAGAGUCAACCCAGAGACAUAUCGCGACGAAUGGGACGACGAUCACUUGGUUGCCAUGGCACGCGUGGACUUUGACGGGCAGUUGACAUUAGGCCACUGA